CCAACAAGAGCUCUACUAAAUUCAGAGCUCCUCUCUCUCUCCUCUAUGUGACUGUACUGUGUAUCCCGAAGGAGUAGUUACAUUCUUCCAGCAAAGAUGGAAAUUGAUUUCAAACAUGAAGACGAAACAGAGCUUCCUUCCAGUUUUCCUCAUUACAAGGUUGACCCAGGGAAACCGGCCCCACUGACUUGGCAAAGGAAGUUGAAUUUUCAGGGAAACGUGCCUUCAGAGUUCGCAGUGCCUUUUCUGGAGAAAAUACAAAUGGCUCCGCUUGGCAUUCGAAUAAUGCGUUAUUCUAAGGAAGAAGUAGCCAAAGGAAGGCUGCCAAUAUUUGAUUUUUUCAAUAAGCGUACCACCACAUGUCACCAUGGUGUUCCUUUAGGUGGUAUUGGUGCAGGAAGCAUUGGAAGAAGCUACAGAGGCGAGUUUCAAAAAUUUCAACUGUUCCCCGGACAAUGUGAAGACAACCCCAUGUUAGCAAAUCAAUUUUCUAUUUUUGUUUCACGGCCUAAUGCUAAAAAAUAUUCUACUGUAUUAUGCUCCGGGAGCCCAGAGGUAACCAAAGAAGGCACUGCUUCUGGCAUUGAAACUUGGGAUUGGAAUUUGAACGGCGAGAAGUGUACAUAUCAAGCUUUGUUUCCAAGGGCUUGGACAACCUACGGGGCAGGUGAACCUGACCCAGAACUUAGAAUUGUUUGUCGCCAAAUUUCACCUUUUAUUCCCCAAAAUUAUAAGGAGAGCAGUUUCCCUGUAUCAGUAUUUACAUUUACGCUAUCUAAUAAAGGAAAGACUUCUGCAGAUGUGACGUUGCUCUUUACAUGGGCUAAUUCCGUAGGUGGGAUCUCGGGAUUUUCUGGUCACCACUGCAACUCAAAGAUGGUGGGAAAAGAUGGAGUGCACGGAGUACUUUUACACCACAAGACCGCACAUGACCACCCUCCGGUUACUUUUGCUAUCGCAGCAGAGGAAACAGGUGAUGUUCAUGUUUCUGAGUGUCCUUGCUUUUUGAUAUCUGGUGAUUCCCAGGGUAUCUCAGCUAAAGACAUGUGGCAUGAAAUUAAAAAGAAUGGGUCAUUCGAUCACCUUGACCACAAUGAAACCCCAACGCCUUCAAAACCAGGAUCAUCUAUUGGAGCAGCUAUAGCUGCCUCUUUGACUAUUCCUUCUGAUUCUAUCCGAACUGUCACAUUUUCAUUGGCAUGGGACUGCCCAGAAGUGAGAUUUGGUCAAAAGACUUAUUACAGGCGCUACACCAGAUUUUAUGGCACUCAUGGGGAUGCUGCAGCAAGUAUUGCACGUGAUGCUAUACUUGAGCAUGCCCUAUGGGAAUCCCAGAUAGAAGCAUGGCAGAGACCAGUUCUUGAUGACAAAAGGCUGCCCGAAUGGUACCCAGUCACUCUCUUUAAUGAGCUGUAUUAUCUUAAUGCUGGGAGAACAAUCUGGACAGAUGGAUCACCUCCAAUGCAAAGUUUAGGAACCAUUCGUGAGAGGAAGUUCUUCAUUGAUAGACCCCGAUCAAAUCUGAAGAAUACUGCCGAUAUGUCUCAUCAAAAUGACACUGCUAUUGAUAUCCUUGAAAGGAUGGCGGCAACACUUGAGCAAGUACAUACCCCACUAACAUCAAAUUCUGCUUUUGGAACCUAUUUGCUCCCGAAUGAAGAAGAAAAUAUUGGUCAGCUUCUUUAUUCGGAAGGAACUGAAUACCUAAUGUGGAACACUUAUGAUGUCCACUUCUACUCAUCUUUUGCACUACUCAUGUUAUUCCCCAAACUUGAACUUAGUAUCCAAAGAGACUUUGCUGCAGCAGUAAUGAUGCAUGAUCCUGACAGGAUGAAAAUUAUGAGUGAUGGAAAGUGGGUUGAACGAAAGGUUCUAGGUGCUGUACCCCAUGAUAUUGGGUUCAAUGACCCUUGGUUUGAAGUAAAUGCUUAUAAUUUGCAUAAUACAGAUACGUGGAAAGACUUGAACUCUAAGUUUGUUCUCCAAGUAUAUAGAGAUAUGGUUGCUACCGGUGAUAAAAAUUUUGCACGAGCUGUUUGGCCUUCAGUAUAUGUUGCAAUGGCUUAUAUGGAUCAGUUCGAUAAGGAUGGAGACGGGAUGAUCGAGAAUGAGGGGUUCCCUGAUCAGACUUAUGAUAUAUGGUCCGUUAGAGGUGUGAGUGCAUAUUCAGGAGGGCUUUGGGUGGCAGCCCUCCAGGCUGCUUCAGCCAUGGCAUGUGAAGUAGGUGAUAAAGCAUCUGCAAAUUACUUUUGGGUUAGGUAUCAAAAGGCAAAAGCUGUAUAUGUCACACUAUGGAAUGGUUCUUACUUUAAUUACGACAACAGUGGUGGUAGUUUCAGUGCAUCUAUUCAAGCUGAUCAAUUGGCAGGACAAUGGUAUGCUAGAGCAUGUGGUCUUUCUCCAAUUGUCGAAAAAGACAAGGUGAGGAGUGCCCUCGAGAAGGUUUAUAAUUUCAAUGUCCUAAAGGUUAAGGGAGGUAUGCGUGGGGCAGUGAAUGGGAUGCGGCCAGAUGGAAGGGUUGAUAUGUCGACAAUGCAGUCAAGAGAAAUUUGGUCUGGAGUUACAUAUUCUGUUGCUGCUGCAAUGAUUCAUGAGGAGAUGUUGGAAAUGGCAUUUCAGACUUCGGUUGGUGUCUAUGAAGCAGCUUGGUCCCAAGAAGGUUUAGGCUAUUCUUUUCAAACUCCAGAAGCCUGGAACACCGACGACCAAUACAGAGCUCUUGGUUACAUGCGGCCAUUGGCCAUAUGGGCAAUGCAGUGGGCCUUGUCAAAGCCAAAGCUUUGUAAACCGGAGCUCAGACAUGAAGCAAGGGAUGAUCAAGAAUAUUAUAGGCACCAUGCAGGGUUUGCACGGGUUGCACGUCUUCUAAAGUUGCCCAAGGAGGAUGCUGCUGCUAAAAGUAUGCUAGAAGUUGUUUACGAUUCCAUUUGCAAGAGACUCUCAUUCUAAUAGCAGCAAAUGUGUGUGAUGGUUCCUACAAGGUUGGUUGUGAUGUAUUUAUCAGAUAUGAUACUGCUUUAUAGGCUUCCAUAUGCAAAUGCAAUUUUACAGCUCUAUAAUAGUGAAACCAGAAAACUUUGCUAUUUUCUUCCAAUUCUCAGAGAAAAGGCUUUCCAAAGCACACAAAGAUCAAAGGAAAACUGUUUAGUGUAACAAGCAUCCAAUGACUUUGCAUGAUAGCCAGCCCCAUCUCAGCCCACUGAGACACUAUUGUAAAUCUUUUAAAGCUUUGACAUAUUCAUUUAUAUUUUU